CCGCCCGUUGGCCCCGGGUGCAGAGAGCGGCACCGGCACUCGGCCCCAGCAGCAGCGUGGGAGAGGAGCCCACCUGGGGGUGCAGGACCCGGCCGUGCCCCAGCCCCCGCCCCAAAAUGCCGAGGGCCCCGCAGCCCCUCUCGCUCCUGGUCCUGCUCGUCCUCGCUGCCACCGCCCAGGGACAAGCCGGCACCGGCCCCAAGGAGCUGCAGCCCUGGCUCCUCGGCCUCACGGCCGUCGUCGUCUUCCUCUUCAUCGUCUUUGUGCUCCUGCUCGUCAACCGGCUCUGGCAGAUCAGGAUGCGCAGGAAGCGGGGCGACGUCCAGGACACCCCGGGGACUGACAGGCUGGAGCGCACCGGCCGUGCCAACCCGGCGGCCGAGAAGGACAGCGAUGAGGAGAGCGACGGCGAGGAGCGGAGCAAGGCCACGUCCUUCUGAGGCGGCGGCCGCCACCUGCCCGCCCGGCGCCCGGCCCCGGGGACGCCCCGUCGGGGAACCGCGCCCUCGGCCCCGUCCGCGGGACGCGGAUCCGCGCCGGGUUUUGCGGGGCGGGAGGUGCCGCGGCGGCCCCGGCUGCCGCCAAGCCCCGGCGCGGAUCGGCCGCCCAACGGAACGGAUCGCGGAGGGCGGCGGCCGGCGACAGGAGCGGGGACCUCCCCACACCUCCCUGACGUGGGGGAGGUUUCCCCGCCGUGGGGUGCGGGGGGUUCCCCGGCUGUGCCCCAGUAAAGGUCCCCAGCCUGUCCCGGCGUCCAGCGUCUGGUGUCACCGCGCCGGGGAUGGGGCCGUUCUGGGGCCCCCGCGAGGCUCCGCGCCCCCAGGAUGGGGCCCGCGGCUGCCCCGCCGCCCCCGAGGGUGCCGGCUGCGGGGACACCCCUGGUGCCAUCGGGCAGGGGACAGUGGCGGGCUCCUGGCAUGUGCCGAGCUGCCAGGCCUCAGCGACCUCGGCGGUGUCCGGCCGUGCCGCUGCCCCCCCCCCGCCCCCGGCGUCCUGCCCCGCGUCCCGGAGCUCAGGGACCGGGGGGUGUCACGGGGGGCUGGGGACCGCGGGGGGGCGUCCGGCCUUGGGACCCCCGCCUGUCCUGAGCAGUUCUUCAGGACAGGAACGAUGGGGACUGGGGGGUGACACACGGCUUCGGCCAAUGAUGUCAUAUGGGCGAUGACGUCAUGUGCACGAGGGGCACGAGGAUCUGCAGGAUGAUACGCGCGAUGACGUCACGCAGACACGGUCUUGAUGCCGAGGGGGUGGCGGCAGCGCCGUGUCCCCACGAGCCCACGGCUGCACCCACCCGCGCCCCUGUCCCCCCGUGUGUCCCCCCGCCACCCUCCCCUCCCCGAGCUCGGCCUCCCCCCUCAUCCAGGCCCAGAGCACCCACGGGUGGGGGUCCCCCCCUCCAGGGCGACGGGCACCCCCUGCCCAGCACGGCCCCGCUCCAGUACAUCCCAGUUCACACCAGUGCCCCCCCCCGCCCCCAGCCGGGACACCCGGGGCCUCCCCAGGGCAGGCGCCGUGCCUCAGUUUCCCCCGGGGGCAGCGAAGGAAGGGCGGAGGCGGGCUGGAGUUGAAGCAUAGCUUGUUUAAUUUUUAUACAUUUUUUUUUUUGUCUUUUUUUUUCCUUUUUUUUUUUAAUCUUUUUUUGUGUGUGUGUGUGUGUGUGUCAGUUUUUUGUUUUUUUGUUUUUUGUUUUUCUUUUUCUUCUUUUUUGUCU